AUGGUGAAGAAAGGGGGUGACUUGAAGCCAAUAAGUAGCAGUAGUUAUAGAGAAAGGUUUAAGGUUGAUAUUGAUAGUUAUAUUGAUAUGAAGCUUUCAACAUCAGGGUUGGGUCAGCAGGAUCAUGAAGCAGCCGGAGGAGGAGCUGAAAAGAAGUGCUUGAAUUCGGAGCUAUGGCAUGCAUGCGCAGGGCCUCUGGUUUCCCUGCCAACGCCUGGAACUCGUGUUGUUUACUUCCCUCAGGGCCACAGUGACCAGGUUGCUGCCACUACUAACAAACAAGUUGAUGCCCACAUACCAAACUACCCGAGCUUGCCGCCCCAGUUGAUCUGUCAGCUGCACAAUGUCACAAUGCAUGCAGAUGUGGAGACAGAUGAAGUAUAUGCCCAAAUGACAUUACAGCCUUUGACGCCACAAGAGCAAAAAGAAACAUUUCUUCCAAUGGAGUUAGGAAUUCCAAGCAAGCAACCCACAAAUUACUUUUGCAAGACAUUGACGGCGAGUGAUACUAGUACACAUGGAGGCUUCUCUGUUCCUCGUCGUGCUGCCGAGAAAGUUUUUCCUCCACUGGAUUUCUCACUACAGCCACCAGCGCAGGAACUUAUUGCUAGGGAUCUCCAUGAUGUUGAAUGGAAGUUUAGGCAUAUUUUCCGAGGCCAACCCAAACGACAUCUUCUUACCACAGGCUGGAGUGUGUUUGUUAGUGCCAAACGACUUGUUGCAGGAGAUUCUGUUCUUUUUAUUUGGAAUGAAAAAAAUCAGCUUCUUUUGGGUAUUCGCCGUGCCACUCGACCACAAACUGUGAUGCCGUCAUCUGUUUUGUCAAGUGAUAGCAUGCAUAUUGGACUUCUUGCUGCUGCUGCUCAUGCUGCUUCAACUAAUAGUUGUUUUACAGUUUUUUAUAAUCCAAGGGCUAGUCCAUCUGAGUUUGUCAUACCCCUAUCAAAAUACAUUAAAGCAGUAUUUCACACACGUGUUUCAGUUGGGAUGCGAUUUCGGAUGCUAUUUGAGACUGAAGAGUCAAGUGUCAGAAGGUACAUGGGUACGAUAACUGGCAUAAGUGAUCUGGAUCCUGUUCGGUGGCCAAAUUCUCAUUGGCGGUCUGUCAAGGUUGGUUGGGAUGAGUCCACUGCAGGUGAGAGGCAGCCCAGGGUAUCGUUAUGGGAGAUUGAGCCUUUGACAACUUUCCCCAUGUACCCAUCAUUGUUUCCCCUUCGACUAAAACGCCCUUGGCAUCCUGGGGCCUCAUCUAUGCAAGAUAAUAGAGAUGACGCCAACAGCUUAAUGUGGCUUAGGGGGGGAACUGGAGAGCAAGGUCUUCACUCCAUGAACUUUCAACCUGUUGGUAUGUUUCCUUGGAUGCAACAGAGAUUGGAUUCAACAUUGAUUGGAAAUGAUCACAAUCCGCAGUACCAGGCCAUGUUGGCUGCUGGUUUGCAGAAUCUAGGAAGUGGAGAUCAGCUAAGACAACAUAUGAUGCACUUUCAGCAGCCCUUUCAGUAUGUUCAGCAGUCGAGUAGCCACAAUCCAAUGUUGCAGUUGCAACAGCAAAUUCAGCAAUCAAUCCCUCAUAAUAUUCUGCAGGCACAACCACAAGUUUCACUGGAGAAUCUGCCUCAGCACCUUCUACAGCAACAAUUUAACAAUCAAACAGAGGAGCAGGUGCAGCAACAGCAAAACACCUAUCAUGAUGCACUCAAGGUUCAAACUGAACAGCUCCAACAGAGUCAGCAAAUGAAUGUGCCAUCUCCAUCGUUUCCUAAAACAGACUUCAGUGAUUCAAACACAAAGUUCUCAGCAUCUACUACCCCCAGACAGAACAUGCUUGGUACACUUUGUCCUGAAGGGAGUGGAAAUCUUUUAAGCUCAUCCAGGGCUGGUCAUUCUAUGCCAACUGAGCAGUUACCUCAACAAUCUUGGGCUCCAAAGUAUGCACAUGCACAGGUCAAUGCUUUUGCCAACUCAAUGUCAUUUCCACCAUUUAAUGAGAAAGACAAUGCAGUUGAGCAAGAGAAUUGUAAUUCAGAUUCCCAGAAUCCUACUCUCUUUGGUGUUAAUAUUGAAUCAUCUGGACUUCUGUUCCCCACCACAGCGCCCAGUUUUGCCACUUCUUCAAAUGAUGCUGACAUGUCAAUGCCAUUAGGAGACUCUGGAUUUCAGAGCUCUCUGUAUGGUUGCAUGCAAGACUCGUCUGAGUUGUUGCACAGUGCAGGGCAAGUUGACCCACCAACCCCAAAUUGUACAUUUGUCAAGGUUUACAAGUCAGGUUCGGUUGGCCGCUCAUUGGACAUAUCCCGGUUCAGCAGUUACCAUGAGCUGCGAGAAGAGCUGGGGCAGAUGUUCGGAAUUGAGGGGAAGUUGGAAGACCGUCUUAGAUCAGGCUGGCAGCUUGUAUUCGUUGACAGGGAGAAUGAUGUGCUUCUCCUUGGUGACGACCCGUGGGAGUCAUUUGUGAACAAUGUUUGGUAUAUCAAGAUACUUUCUCCCGAGGAUGUACACAAAAUGGGGGACCAAGCAGUUGAACCCUUUAACCCGAAUACGGGUCAAAGGUUGAACAGCAGUGGCGGUGAAGCUCAAGACAUUGUUUCCGGGCUCCCAUCUCUUGGCUCACUUGAAUAUUGA